GAAGUUAAAAAAGAGAGAGGAAAAUAUCAGCGUCCAAAAUCAUUGUGCCUCGAGUGUCUCCCGUACGUCUCGCCUCGCCUGCGCCGAUCCCCAUCUCGCGAGCAGAGCAGGGAAGAGGGAAGAGGCGCCGUCGUCGCGCUGCAUCCUGGACAGAUGAUCUAACUAAUCAACUAGCCCUUUGCAACGAAACCUUACUAACCUUGUAUUACUAGACCAAUGUGGGGUUUUACUAGGCUGAAGUCUUAUGGCAGAAUGGCAUAUUUUAUGUUGUAGUAUGUUGUUAUCAACUGUACAGUUCACCAAAAUGUGAUCAAAUCCUGAGAUUCCACUGAUACCAAGCAACUCCAGUAUAAAUAGCCCAUGUUAUAGCAGCAGUUGUUCGCAUACCAAGUUUCCGACCAUGCUAGAGGACAUCAUACUUGAUGCCUUUGAGGUUCAUUGUUGGGAUUGUUGGUUAUACUGGAGACUUAAUAUACGGGAUUACAGAUGUUUGAAAACAAUACGGACAUGAGGAAUUAGGAAACGAAGGUACUAACUGGACGUCGCUAGGUGGUCACCGGUUAGCAGACUCAGCACCUAUUUGUCAGUAAGAGGCAGUAACCAGUCUACCUGGGGUUCGGUACAUGGAUGGGAUCAGCAUUCAAGCAAUUCAGGCGGUGGCGAUGCAUGACCAUCAGAGUUAGUGUGCCUCCGUAAGCCUAGCUAGCUGUAGCAACACAGGGGGUCUUUGGUCCUGGGCAGUCAAUCGGGUACUGCCUUCUGGAGUGAUCUCUUGAUUGUUGUGUUUUUAUUAGUCAGGUUCCAUGUGCUACUGCACAUUAUUCGAGAGACUGGAAAGUUUGCAGGAUAGGUGAUGAUAAAGCAUAAUAGUUGACCAAACUCGCUGUACUUCUCCUUAAUCAAUUAUGUUACAAAGAAAUAUGGUGUGGACACAUCAAGUUGCCAGUCCUGAAAACCAAGUUCAACCUGAAAGUUUCUAUCAUGGAGGUGCUGGGAGCAACUUAUCUAACCUGAGUGUGCAAGUUGCUGUUGGAGUUCCAGGAAAUACUGAUUUCCGGAGUCACUAUGAGAGCAUUAAUCUUCAGCACCAGCAUGUUCAGAAUCCAUACCCACAUGUGGGUGUUGCUUCAAGUUCUGUGUUCCCAUCUACUAUGUACAACCCCUGCAUAUCAACAACAGCAGUGGACAGAUAUGUUCCUCCUAUUCAAAGUUUUGGAUUGGGCAAUCCACUACUACUGCCUUUAUAUCAUCAACUUGCUCAAGGAUCCAUGGAUGAGAACGGCAGCAGUGGCAAUUUUUGUGACAGCGUCAGGGAAUUUAUCAAGAGGAAAAAUGCAUUACUUGUGGGUGGCCAUCAUUUUGUUAAUAGUUUUGCAAGCUCAAGCUCAUCUGCUUAUGUGCCUCCAAAUCCUUUACAUAGGUCAUGGAACGCUUCAUUUGAAGCAAAUAUCCUACCCAGCACUGGAGUUUCCAAUCCACCAGAGUACUCUUCUGCAGAUUCACUGAACAAUUCCAAUUCGAUGGCUUCACAUCCAGAAUUGGUGCAUCAUGGCAAUUAUGUAUUUCCAGCUGGUCACAUGAGCCAAUACAAUGCAUGGAUUGCACAGGCAAGCAGAACUGGUGGAGUACCACAGUGGGAACAUGGCAAUGCAGCGGCUAAUCCUCCAGGUGGAUUUGUUCAUUCUGGAACCAUAGACAUGCCAAAUGGAGGUCUUCAGGGAUACCAAGCUGGCCCUUUUGCCAAUUAUUAUGGGCCUCUGCCCCAUUUCCACCAAAAUCCUCUGAAUAGCAUGCAGCAUCCUGCUCUAUUUAAUCAUAUCCAAAUGCAAGUACCUCAUCAACAUUGCCUCAGUAACAAUUUAUUGCAUCACCCUUCUGGCAAUGGCCUCCCCUUGGAUCCAAGAAUUCUGGCAAUUUCAUCCAAUUCUGGGCAUACCUUUGGGCCUACAGCUCAGCCAUCUUUAGCAAACCAAGUUAAUGCUGGGAGUUCGAGAAUUCAGCCAUAUGAGAAUGCUCCGUUCGUGGAUCUUUCGAGAUUGUAUGAAGCAGGAGUUAUUGAUGAACAUAGAGAUAUGCGGCUUGAUGUAGACAGCAUGACUUAUGAGGAGCUUGUAGCGUUGGAGGAGCGGAUUGGAAAUGUUAAUAGUGGUUUUACAGAAAGCUACAUUGAGGAAAAUUUGAAGUCAAGUUCUUAUGUCCCGGACGCUGAUUGCAUGCCUGAUCAGUCUUCUGUGGAGAAGGAUGCUUGCAUAAUCUGCCAGGAGGAAUAUGAGGCUAAAGAACUCGUUGGAACCCUUGGUUGUGGUCACAAGUACCAUGCGAUGUGCAUAAAAGGGUGGCUGAUGGUGAAGAACCUGUGCCCCAUCUGCAAAACAACAGCUUUGCCAGCUGAUAGAAGAAACGGAUGAUGGAUGCCAAUAACAUUUAUUGGUCAUUUGCAGCAACAAACAUUCAGCUCAGUUUUGUACAUAAGACAUGCUGGAUAAUGGUUGUGCCUGUAUUUCCGUUGUUGUGAUACCUAAAGCUGUACAGUGAGAAUCGCUCAUCUUGUAGAUUGUUUUAGACACUAAAUGUUCCAUGAUGCGCGAACAGCUAUCAUCAUGGCAUAGCUAUUAGAUCGCUCAAUUUUUCCCUUUUUAUUGUACAUGAUAUUUAUCUUUAUUCUUUUCCCAAAAAGAAAAAAGAGAACUUGUAGUUCUUCUGUACAUUGUGAAAUUCAAAGAACUAAAGGAGUUUCUCAGCUCUGGAGUGAUAAUUCUAUAGCAGGGCAAUCUUUGUUUUAAA